UUCACAAAUCAAAGCAUUGGCUCCCACCCUAGGAAUUCUUUCUCAUGCAAAGGUUCCAAAAUGCGAAUUAGAAUAAUUUCAACAAGUGUUUUAUUGGCGUAGAAAUAUCUCAUGUCGAGUUGAAGUGUUGGACAACUUCAUUUUCCUACUCUGGAACAAGAAAGGAAAAUAGAUAAAAGGUGGGGUAAAUGGCUCGGUACUUUGUACGAACAGAUGGGCCUCGCAAUUUGGGUGGCCCAGGUCCCCUUGAGCCCGGUUCCAGUUGGGGAGGCCGGUGGAUGCUUUAUGAACCGACCCAGGUGCAACCCAUCUAGAAAUUGUCCCGAAACCGAGCUAGGGCUUUCGCUCAUUACCAUCUCGGGGUCUGAAAGAUCCCGAAGCCAACGGCUUGGCUCUCGCUCUCCCUAUGAAUUCUUCAACCCUAGAUCAGAUUGAGGUGCCGAUUCCAACACGGUUUCGAGAAUUAGGUUUUAUUGAUGGAGAGAUUCGGGGACGACUUGCUAGGGUUCGUGCUGAAGAGGGUCACCGAUAGAAGAGACCGCCAAUCUUGCUCGGAGGUCUCGAGGCAGUGGGCGAGAGUGGAGGGCCUCACCCGCGCUUCUCUUCGAGUCCUCGAACCUGCAUUCAUGCCUUCUUUCCUCCCAAGGUUCCCGAAUCUAGUAACCCUCGAGACCGGCAAGAGAAUUCCUGAUUUCAGCCUUGAGACCGUGGCGACAACGUGCCCCAAUCUCCGAACGCUCAACCUGAAUGUCCAUCUAAACCUCAUGGCGUCUCGAGAAUUCGAGGAAUCGGAAUUGGAUGAUGUCAGUGAUAAUGGGUUGCGUGCCGUUGCUGCCGGGUGCCGGCAGCUGAUGAAUGUCACCCUAAGAAGGAGAAAAGGAAUCGCAGAUGUCGGUGUGAUUGCCCUAGCAAGGAAUGCCAGGAAUUUAUCAGUUCUUGAUCUGUCAUGGUGUGAUAGCAUCACCAAUAUGGCGCUCAGCGCGAUUAGCAUGCUGAGCUCGUUGACAGUUUUGUGCCUCCAAGGAUGCACCUUGGUGACAGAUUUGGGCUUGUGUUAUUUGGCCAUGGGAUCGUCGUCGAGAACUCUAAGGAAACUGGAUCUCUCUGAAUGCCAUCAGAUUACAGAUACUGGUGUCUGUAUGUUGUCGGAGAUGUCUGGUUUGCAGGAAUUGAAUCUGGCAGAGUGUGGCUCAGCAAUUACUGACAUAGGUGGUGUUGCCCUUGCUGCGGUUCAUAGUCUCGCGAGAUUGGAUUUGUCAUACAUCAUCAAUCUAUCAGAUGUGACACUCUUUGCUGUGGCUCGGAACUGCAGGAAUCUGGUGAAGAUGAAUGUGGCAGGUUGCGAACUGAUCACUGGUGAGGGGAUCCGAUCAUUCUCAGGCCACGGAUCGUUGGAGAUCCUUGUGUUAGUUUCUUGUUGUAAUGUCUCUGCUGAUGAUGUUGAGCAUACAGUGUUGGCCUGUCGGUCUUUGAGGUAUGUGGGGUUGGAUGGGGCACUAAGGGGCUGGAUGUCGUCUUCAGUGCAGGAGAAGCUUAGUCAGAUGUGCAGGAUAGAUUGGUUCUGAGAGGCCGAUCCAAUGACUUGUGUUGGUUGUUGGAUGUCUGCACCUUGAAGUCUCAUAUUUUUUUCUUCUAUUUAUCUUUUGAAUUUUCAUGAUCUUUUCUGUUUAUUGGGUCCACAUUUCUAUACAGUUGCAAGUUAAUUGGAUGAUUUUUAGCAAAAUACAAAUUUUAUCUUCUGUAGAUUGAUUAAUGAUGCAGUUACUGGAUUUAUGUCAUGAAGGUUAUAGUUAUGAAGAGGACUUACAAGUUCGAUGUUCUUGCAUGGCUGGUGGUACUGAAAGUCUAAGCAGUGGUGUUUCAACAUUGCAAGACUGUGGCAUCACUCUUUCAUGAACAUCUUUAUAAGAAGUCUUCUCUGUUUUCUAUCACCAUGAUAUAUUAUUAAUUCAGUCUUUUAGUAUGGAACUUGUUAGAAGUAGGUAAUACUACGCCUUUAUUUAUUGAUGCUACACUUAUGUUCAUGAAUGUGUGAAGUGUGAGUCCAUUUGCCAUUUGUGCCAAGGCCUGCACAAAAAUUGGGGGUUGGCUGUUGUGCACAUGGCACGUAUAUGAUAAGCAUUUAUUGGCGUGUGCAUAUUUUAAAUGCAGUUGAUAUUGUAGUAGUAGAUUUAUUGUUCACUUUGCUUUUUAUAUUUUGUUCUUAUGAUAAACUGGAAUGCCUCAUCGUAUCAGAUUUGAAUUUGCUUCAUGGAUGUUACUUGGGUCUCAGUUUUAUUAGAAUUGUUUCUAUAAAUUUUUUUAGUUCUGCUCUCUGGUUCAUAAAUAUUUAGCUUAGGCAUACUAUAUUGUCAAGAUGCAAUCACUCAGUGUGUUAGUUGGAUGGGCGAUAGUAUUGUUCAUGAAGCUGAAUCGUAUUGUUGGCUGUAGCUGUGACAUGGCAUUGUUCAUGGAUAUUGUUAAGAGCAAAAUCAUGUAAUGGUCAUGCAUCAAUCAUCAAUUUCAGCACUUAGAACUGCCCUAUAUAUCUCAUUAAGCAGAAGUGGAGGCUUGAAAUGUUCAUCUUUAUUUUUUGUUUUUCUUCAAAAAGAAGAAGAAGAUCUUUUGACUCCUAUCAAGUAAUCUUGUGGGUUCUUGGUUUUUCUCAAUCAUGUCUUGUUGGCUCUUCUGUUCUUUCUUUGGACUAGUUGAACGGUGUCUACUUGAGCUUAUAGUGUUGUCUUACAGUGUUACCUUUUCAGCUUGGUGUAGAACUAGGAUAAUAGGCCAUUUAUAUAUAAUUACUUGACAUCAUGGCAUUGGAUUCUUAGUGCUAGUCCAUUCAUGACAAAUAUAUAAACCUAUUGCAGGUUGAAGGAAUGGGUGGGACAUUGGGUAUUGGGAAAAAUGAAAUUUGUUUUGCUCCUUCUCCUUUUCAUUGUGCGAUCAUUAUUUUGUAGUAUAAAUGUUCAGUAUAACUUGGAUAUAACAUCCUUUACUUUAUGACAUGCAUCCAACUUUUAAGAACUAUACCUGUAUGAAGAUUUGAAGAGAUUUGUUGAAGAGCUAAACAUGUGCAUAUUUGUGAAUUCAACCAUUCAGCUUUAUUUCUUUUUUAGAACAUUAAAAUCAUGUCGAAAAGGAUUGACAUCCUCUUUUAGACUAUACUUGACUAGCACUUAGUGCAAUUUUUAGGUCUUGAAUUUAACUUUGCAUGUAUAGCUUUGUAUAUCCUGAAAGUUCGGGACUUUCACUUGCUCCAAAAGUGGAUUGUUAUAUUCCAUAUAUUUGUUAUGCCUUACUUGAAAAUGUUUGUAGCUCUUUUUCUUGAGAGGAUAUGAGCAAUUCACAUGAAUAUGCAGUUAUGGUAAAUAUCAUAAUUUGCACUGCACAAUAUUUUCUGCAUGAACUCUAUUUUUUUUCUAUUUUAACAAUUGUCGUACAACUAAAAAAAUUGUCAUCCAUCCGUGCGAAUUGGGUAUAGCCUAUUUUGCUGCAAUUCAAAAUGCAGAUUGGACACGAUUUAGUGGAUUAUGCAUCUUAUUGAUUUUAUUAUAUGUUAGUAGAAAUAUUAUUUUUGAGUUUUUAUUAAAUGAUAUGUAAAUUUUCCAUGUUGUUCACACUUUCUGGUAUUUUUAUCAUAUGUCCUUUUCCUCAUACUUAUUUUAUCUUUUUAUUCUUAAUAUCUGUGAAAUUCUGAACACACUUGCAAGGACUUAACCAUGCAUUGUGAAUGCUCGGUGGGUAAGAAUCCACCCCUGGUUGCUUGACUUACAAAAUUUCGUGCCUUCGUAUUUACUCUUCUUUGUUAAUAAGUUGCAUUGCAGAGAAAAAUCCUGUGUUGAGCUAAAAAAAAAAGUGAAAGGAAGGUGGUGGGGUGAAAAGCACUCCGAAUCGCUUUUCUUGUUAAGUGAGAAAAAACAUGGCUGGAAAAAAG